CGCCAAUUUCAGCAUAACUUUUAUUGGCAGCCAUCAUUCUACCCGGUCAGCUCAGUGAAAAAGUUCGGUGCGUAGUGCAGUGUAAAACGUGACUUAAUUCUCCUGUUUGACCAAUUUUGCUGCGCGAGAGCCGGGUUUCUGCUUUACUUGCAUCAAUUUACGCAAAAUGUCGGAAGAAAAGAAGGACUCCAAAGGAUCCGAAUCUGAGCACAUCAACUUGAAAGUGCUAGGACAGGAUAAUGCCGUGGUGCAGUUCAAAAUCAAGAAGCACACUCCCCUGCGGAAACUGAUGAACGCCUACUGCGACCGAGCGGGUCUUUCCAUGCAGGUUGUUCGCUUCCGGUUCGAUGGCCAGCCAAUCAACGAGAAUGAUACCCCGACGACGCUGGAGAUGGAGGAAGGCGAUACAAUCGAAGUGUACCAACAGCAGACCGGUGGAAAGCUUUAUUUUUAAAAUUAAUUUUAACUGUGUGUAUCUAACUAUCCAAUAACAAAAUACAUUUCAUGCUAAACUAAUUGAAGGUUUACUAUGUUUGAAAUAAUUCCAAUGAAAUAAUUUUACAUUCAUGUGCACCGAAAAUGGAAAUGUAUUGCUGAAAUUGAUGUAUUUUUUUCUAUCCAAGGCAUGGAGCGCUAAAAGUCGCUACUCCUGCGGUGUCCGUUUCAUUUAACUCAAAUAAAGCGAAAAGGAUAAAAAACCA